AUGGCUCCACAGUUUCUCUUCUUAUUCUUCCUGUCUAUUAUUUGUUUCUGCUCUUCUGGGAUAUUUCUGUUCCCAGCUAAAGCUAUUAAGCAGAAAGAAUUUCAAAGACAAGAACAACACGCAUUACAUAUGAUGCACAGAGGACUACUUUACGAAGCUAUUCGACAUGAUUUCACCGAUGCACCAGCGACCUUUCCUCCGACCCCGGUGACUAAUCCUGUGACAACUCCGGUGACUAAUCCUGUGACAACUCCGGUGACUAAUCCUGUGACAACCCCAGCAGUCAAUGCCCCUCCGGCCAAUCCCGCACCGGAUACCGUUCCAUCUGCAAACCCCAUCACAGUUACCCCGACUACACCUUUCACGAACCCCGUGCCUGUCCCAGUCCCGAAUACGGGUCCAGUCAAUGGCGGAAUACCAGUAACCAAUCCAGUCAACGGCGGAGUACCAAUAACCAAUCCAGUCACCAGUCCUAGUACUGGUUCGGGAGGUCAGCCUGUGAGUAAUCCGGUGACAACUUAUCCCACCCCGACAGGUACAACAGGAGGUGUACCUGUCACAAAUCCAGUGGUUCCUCCCACAACCACUAGCCCGACCACCAGUGCACCUGCACUUCCGGGGCAGAGCUGGUGCAUUGUGAAGAAUGGAGUGCCCGAAACCACACUUCAGACAGCACUUGAUUACGCUUGUGGGAUUGGAGGUGCAGAUUGUUCGGCAAUCCAGCAGGGUGCAAGCUGUUAUAAUCCUAACAGUUUGCAAUACCAUGCAUCGUUUGCCUUUAAUAGCUAUUAUCAGAAGAAUCCAGUGCAAACUAGCUGUGAUUUCGGGGGUACUGCUGUGAUAACAAAUGUUAAUCCCAGCACUGGUUCUUGCAUUUUCCCAACGUCAGCAUCCUCUACAUCAUCAUCAUCAUCAACCACAUCCCCAAUCACAGCAACUCCAAUGCCAACAACAUCAUCGUCAUCCGGAGCAGCCCCUGGUUCAAUUAGUCCAUCAAUCUUAAAUAAUAGCAAUUCUGGAUAUGGAGGCACUGCAGCAGGCUUUGGUGAAAGCCCUUCAAGUGCCAAUGCUUCAAUUUCCACGUCAAGUAGUUUGCAGCCAUUUAUUGGCUACAUCAUUGCAGUGACAUCCAUUGUCACAGGAAGAUUUGUUUUUGAUAUCUAG